GGAAGAAGAUGAAUUGCGAGACUUUAGCCAAAAAGAACAGACCUAAAGCCUAAAGUACAUUCUUGCUCAAUCGACUCGCUGAUUGGUUAUUGCUUUCACUGUUUGAUACUUGAUGUGUGUUAUCUGAAUGCACUUUAAGACCGAUUGUGCCGUAUAAAUAUAGUCAUUGAUACUGGUGGGUAACGUUAUCAGGCAAGUAAUAAAGAGUGACAAGCUUUGUGCGCACAAAAUAAAUGAGGCACCGAUUUACUUUUUAAGCCAUUGUCAUCAUGUUUCGUCAAAUUGCACUACGUGCAUGUCCAACAUGGCUUGAAAAUAAACUCACGUUUUUGUAUUUUAGGGUUAAGAGUGCUUCUUUCAACGGCAGAUCACAUAGUCUAAGCGCAACAGUAGAUAAUUCCAACAUGAAAGUACAAAUCUUACCAGCGCUCCAAGAUAAUUAUAUGUACUUGAUUAUCGAUGAAGAAACGCAGGAGGCUGCCAUUGUAGAUCCUGUCGAUCCAGAAGCUGUAACUGCAGCUGUCCGAGAAAAUGAUGUAAAAUUAACAAAGGUUUUGACUACUCAUCAUCAUUGGGAUCAUGCUGGAGGAAACGCCAAGCUAUCUAAAAGCUUCACUGAUCUCGUGAUAUACGGUGGAGAUGAUAGAGUAGAAGCCAUUAAUCAUAAAAUUACACACAAUGAUACGUUCAGUAUUGGCAAGUUAUCAGUCAAGUGUCUCGCGACACCUUGUCACACGCGCGGACAUAUUUGUUACUAUGUUACGGGAGAAGGACAGCAUUCACCAUCUGUUUUCACAGGAGACACAUUGUUCGCUGGAGGCUGUGGGAAAUUUUUCGAAGGUACCGCAGAUCAAAUGUAUAAGGCACUCAUCGAAAUUCUAGGCUCUUUACCUGAAGAGACAAAGGUGUAUUGCGGACAUGAAUAUACAGCCAACAACCUCAAAUUUGGUUUACACGUGGAACCCGACAAUGUGGCGAUACAACAAAAAUUAGAUCAAGUGCACACUCAACGUACCAAUAACCUUCCAACAGUGCCUAGCACUAUUAAAGACGAAAAGCUGACAAAUCCGUUUAUGAGAGUGCAUGAACCAUCAGUUAUGAAACACGCACAGCAAAAUGAUCCCAUUCAGACGAUGUCAUACUUACGGCGUGAGAAAGAUAACUUUAAAGCUUAAAUUUCUAAUUAAAAAAAUGUUUUUAUAUUUAUCAAAUACAUGCAGUUGUUAAUAUGAAGUUGAAAUGUAAAAGAUAUGAGAUGACAAAACGAGAGACUUUUAUCAUGU